UUUCCUUAAUUUGUCGUCUCCCCUUCUCUCUCUCUCUUUCUCUCACAUCCUCGAUUACUUCUCUGCAGAAGCCGACGCUGCCAUAGGAGAUCGACGACGAAGAACGACGCAGGAUCAAACCGGCAGUUGUUGGCGGCUUCCACUCUGUAGAUAUUUCUUGCUUUAGCCCUAAUUCCUGUCUGUUGAUCGCCUCCGAUUCGGAGGGAGACGAAGAAGAGUGGAGGAAUGAUUGUUAGACCGCCAUUGGUGUGAUCGGGAAAACCUAAUUCGUUGACCAUGUCGUCUUCGUCCGCCCCCGUGAAUCCUCAGUCGCCGGGUCUCAAGACCUACUUUAAGACCCCGGAGGGUCGGUACAAACUGCAGUACGAGAAGACCCACCCAGCCGCUGUUCCGCACUACUCCCACGGCAAGACUGUAUCGCAGUUGACUAUCGCAUAUCUCAAGGAGAAACCAACGAACCAGGCUUCGUCUACUCCGUCGACCCCGAGUUCUGGUGGUGUGAGGUCAGCAGCCGCUAGGCUGCUUGGUGCGGGAAAUGGAAGCCGGGCGCUCAGCUACGUCGGCGGUAAUGGGGUGAGUCGGGCGACAUCAGGAAGUAGCAAGAUUGGAGGUUCUGUCGGAACCUCAACAGGAUCAGGUAGUUCACAGCCGGUGGCUAACUAUGAUGGGAAGGGCACUUAUCUUGUCUUCAACUCGGCCGACACUCUUUUCAUCAGCGAUCUCAAUUCACAAGACAAGGAUCCCAUCAAGGCCAUCCAUUUUAGCAAUUCUAAUCCAGUUUGCCAUGCCUUUGAUUCAGAGGUGAAGGAUGGACAUGAUCUGAUUAUUGGUUUGCACUCAGGGGAUGUAUACUCGGUGUCGUUGAGACAACAACUCCAGGAUCCAGGAAGGAAGCUUGUUGCAGCUCAACAUUAUAAUAAAGAUGGUGCUGUUAGUAAUAGUAAAUGCACUUGUAUUGCAUGGGUUCCAGAAGGUGAUGGCACAUUUGUUGUUGGUCAUGCUGAUGGAAAUGUAUAUGUAUAUGAAAAAAACAAGGAUGGAACUGCUGAUUGCUCUUUUCCCAUCAUUAAAGAUCAAACUCAAUUUGUUGUUUCCCAUGCACGGUCAAACAAGAGCAAUCCAGUUGCUAGAUGGCGAAUUUUUCAGGGUUCAGUCAAUAGUUUAUCUUUUUCAUGUGAUGGAACAUGCUUAGCUACUGUUGGUCGAGAUGGUUAUUUAAGAGUUUUUGAUUUCGCAAAAGGGCAACUAAAAUUCGGUGGGAAGAGCUAUUAUGGUGCCUUGCUAUGUUGUACUUGGAGUUCCGAUGGCAAAUAUAUUUUAACCGGUGGAGAAGAUGAUCUAGUGCAAGUUUGGAGUACUGAGGAUAGGAAGAUAGUAGCAUGGGGUGAGGGCCAUAAUUCAUGGGUUAGCGGAGUUGCUUUUGAUUCGCAUUGGUCAGCGCCAAAUUCGGAAGGCACUGGUGAAAAUGUCGUCUAUCGUUUUGGUUCAGUUGGUCAGGACACACAACUACUGUUGUGGGACCUAGCCAUGGAUGAAAUUGUCAUCCCACUUCGUGGUCCUCCUGGUGGUUCACCGACUUUCAGUAGCGGAAGUCAUUCUGCCCACUGGGAUAGCGUUAUCCCUGUGGGCUCCCUCCAGCCUGCUCCGAGAAUGCUAGACAUCCCUAAAAUUUCGCCUCAAGUUGUCCACAGAGCGCAUGUUGAUCCCCUCUCUGGCGUGAUAUUUACCAAUGAAUCUAUUGUAACGAUUUCAAGGGAGGGGCAUAUCCGGAUUUGGAUGCGUCCUGGUCAUGGUGAGAAUGGUCAAUCGAACUCUUCCGAUGUGGUUGUUCCCACUUCUAGUCUGAAGGACAGACCUGCUGCAUACCCCAUCAAGACCAGCGGCUCCAGUUACAAGCAUUCGUCCUCAGUUCUUUUCCAAUGACAACUUUGCCCUGCUUGAGCAGUCGAUCUGCGUUCCUAGUUCAUGUGUCGAUGUGAUGAUUUGCGGCCAACGAAGAAAGGUGAUUGAUCCGGUUACAUCAUUGGGAGAGUGAGCCGCCCAUCCUGUUUUGUUUCCUCAUGCUGUAAGUGAAUUGUUAGCAAAAGUUGGUGCUGCCAUUUGUGUGGCAGCUGAGCCAAUAAUGGAAUAUACUAUUUCUGUAGAUACAUAUUCCAACUGAUAGGCUAAAAGCAACCUCACAUCAUUCUCUCGCUCGCUUGCUAUACUUUGGAUAUGUCCUGUUUUGAACUACUUCUCUUUGUUCUGUUUGGAACAUUAGACAUUGCAACAAAGAAAAUUUUAGACAUUCUGUAAAUCAACAUGGAGAAUAGUGAGUUGAGGAGUUUUGUUUUA